AUGUAUAAUAAAGAAUUGGAACAGUAAAAUGAAACUCUAAUUUUGGAAGUGGAAAGAUUGAAUUCUAUUUUUAAAUCGAUAUUAUUAGAACUAGAGAGUAAUGAAAAAGAGAAGAAACUUUAGAUCAAUAAACAUAAACAAUAGUAACACAAAUAAUUAAAUCUUUAAAAAUUGAUAUAAUUAAUUAUUUACAAUGACUAAUAAAAAAAUAAAAAAUUUUUGAAGUAUUUUUAAAUGAGGGAAACUGAAUACUGCUAUUAUCAGAGGAAUCAGUGA